UUACUCGUCUUUCUUUGUUACUUGCUGUAAAUUUCGAAUGAACAUUUAUCAAUUAAUUAAUUCUUUAAUUGAAUACAGAUUGUUGACAUACGAGAAUAUCGCAAAUCGAGAAAAUGAAGAUAAAACAAGAGUUAGAAAUGAAACAUUCGGACUGUACGACUGAACACAACGAAGAAAAAUUUGAAGUUGAUUUAAAGAAUUUCAAGAAAGAAUUUAGUACUGAUGUGAAGUGUUAUAAAACAAUUAAAUCGGAACCUUUAGAGAUAAAUAUUAAAAGAGAACCAAUUUCCACACACAACACAAACGGAUCUUCUAUUUGGAGUCAUUCUGGUUAUAAAAUCGAAAGAGAUAUCAAGACAGAAGAAGUAGAAAAGAAUUAUGAUGUAAAACAUGGUAUAAAAUCAGAAUGUAAAGUUGUUUUGAAAAAAUUGAAGAUUGAAGUAAAGACUGAAGAUUGUAAAGAAGUUGUUUAUCUUCCAGAUAAUAAUGAACAGCUAAUGCCAGUCAACAAUGAAUUCUUCACUCCGGACGAAAAUUUCAACAACAAUGAAAUGAACAUCCAAAUUAAGGAGGAAGAGCAGAUUCAAGAAUACGAUAUUCCACACAACUCCGAAAGAGAAAAACGUUUUAAAUAUAAUAUUAAAAGAAACAAAUACGUUCCUUCCAGUAGGAAAUGCAAUAAAAUUCAUGAUAAGAUUAAAAUGAAAUACUUCAAGGUUAUGUUUGCAUCUCAUUCUAAACAAGAAUUUACGUGUGAUUUAUGUAAAAAGACUUUUACAAAUAAGAGAAUAUUAGAAACACAUCUGCUCUGCCAUAUUAGAAAGAAACCAUUUUGCUGCACAACCUGCAAUAAGAAGUUUUUGUGGCAAUUUCUUUUGCGAAGACACAUGAAAAAACACAAAAUUGGAAAUAAAAACGAAAUCUCUCAUAGGAAUUUACGUUUGCAGCCAUCUGAAGAUCGAGUGAAGUCAUCUCUAAGAAAUGAUAAAAAAUCUAAUAUCCAGCGGGAAAACGUGUACUGCGACAUUUGUGGUAAGCACGUUCCAUAUGGUAAGGGCCGUUUAGAAAUACACAAGAGAACACACAGAACUCAUGCCUGCGAAAUAUGUGGAAAAGAAUUUAAGCGUAAAGGUAUUUUGUUACGUCAUAAACCAAUGCAUAGUACAGACCGUCCUUUUAAAUGUCAUAUUUGCGAUAAGAGUUUUAAAUCGAUAUACCAAGCGAAAGACCAUCAAAAAAUUCAUAGUGAAGAACGACCUUUCAAAUGCGAUAUUUGUAAUAAGGGUUAUAAAUGGAAAGGACAACUAAAAGAACAUUACGAAACUCAUAAUGAUGAACGUAAUUAUUCUUGUCAAGUAUGUAACAAACGUUUUAAAACAAAAAACACUUUAACAUGUCAUAAAUUAGUUCAUAAUAAUCAAUUUAACCAUACUUGUGAUGUAUGCAACAAAUGUUUUAAAUCAAAAUCUAAUUUGCGACGGCAUAAACUUGUUCAUAGUAAAAAAUAUAUCAAACGAGAAAAUGUGUAUUGCGACAUCUGUGGUAAGCGCGUUCCAUACGGUAAGGGCAGUUUAGAAAGACACAAGAGAAUACACAAAGUACAUGCCUGCGAGAUAUGUGGAAAAGAAUUCAAGUUGAAAAAGUUGUUGUUAUUUCAUAAACCAACGCAUAGUGAAGAACGACCUUUUAAAUGCGAUAUUUGUAAUAAGGGUUUUAAGUGGAGAGGCUUAUUAAAAAGGCAUCAAAAAGCUCACAGUGAGGACCGUCCUUUCAAAUGCGAUAUUUGUAAUAAGGGUUAUAAAUUUAAAGUGCAACUAAAACUCCAUCGCGAAACUCAUACUGAUGAACGUAACUAUACUUGCCAGGUAUGUAACAAAAGUUUUAAAACAAAACAGUAUUUGGCAGGACAUAAAAUAGUUCAUAAUGAUAAAUUUAACCAUACUUGUCACAUAUGUAACAAAAGUUUUAAACGAAGAAGUCAUUUAAAACAGCAUAUUAAUGUACACACUGAUUAA